AUGCAAAAUUUCUAUUUACACGAGGUAAAUAUUCUAGUCCAUGUUCUUAUUCAAGCUGUUUACCAUGUUCUUAUACAAGCUAUUUACCAUGUUCUUAUACAAGCUCUUUACCAUGUUCUUAUUCAAGCUAUUUACCAUGUUCUUAUUCAAGCUCUUUACCAUGUUCUUAUACAAGCUCUUUACCAUGUUCUUAUACAAGCUCUUUACAAUGUUCUUGUUCAAGCUCUUUACCAUGUUCUUAUACAAGCUCUUUACCAUGUUCUUAUACAAGCUCUUUACAAUGUUCUUGUUCAAGCUCUUUACCAUGUUCUUAUUCAAGCUCUUUACCAUGUUCUUAUUCAAGCUAUUUACAAUUUUCUUAUACAAGCUCUUUACCAUGUUCUUAUACAAUCUCUUUACCAUGUUCUUAUACAAGCUCUUUACCAUGUUCUUAUUCAAGCUCUUUACCAUGUUCUUGUUCAAGCUCUUUACCAUGUUCUUAUUCAAGCUCUUUACUAUGGUCUUAUACAAGCUCUUUACCAUGUUUUUAUUCAAGCUCGUUACCAUAUUCUUAUUCAAGCUCUUUACCAUGUUCUUAUUCAAGCUCUUUACCAUGUUCUUAUUCAAGCUCUUUACCAUGUUCUUAUUCAAGCUCUUUACCAUGUUCUUAUUCAAGCUCUUUACCAUGUUCUCAUUCAAUCUCUUUACCAUGUUCUUAUUCAAGCUCUUUACCAUGUUCUUAUUCAAGCUCGUUACCAUAUUUUUAUUCAAGCUCUUUACCAUGUUCUUAUUCAAGCUCUAUACCAUGUUCUUAUUCAAGCUCGUUACCAUAUUCUUAUUCAAGCUCUUUACCAUGUUCUUAUUCAAGCUCUUUACCAUGUUCUUAUUCAAGCUCGUUACGAUGUUCUUAUUCAAGCUCGUUACCAUAUUCUUAUUCAAGCUCUGUACCAUGUUCUUAUUCAAGCUCUGUACCAUGUUUCUGUUCAAGCUCUUGCCCAUAUUCCUGUUCGGGCUUUUGCCCAUGCUCUCCAAUCUUGUCAAAGCUCUUGCCCAUGGCCAUGUCAAUGCUCUAGUUCAUGUUCUUGUUCAAGCUCUUGCCCAUUAUCCUGUUUCAGUUCAUACCCGUGUCCCUUUUUGCCAUGUUCCUGA